CUAUUCCAUCUCUCGUUAUCCAUCCCUUCAGCUCUCUUCACUACCAUCACAACAAUAUAUAUUUACAUCAUGGCUAUGCUAGGCACCUCAUCCCGCUCGUCAAUCUCCUCGAACCUUGUUACCGAGUCUACCAUGACAGACAUGGUUCCCAGACGCGCGCCUUCUUUUCGACCUGAGACUUCCCUCGCUGAUAACACUUGGACAGUGACAGAUUUUUCAAUGCUUGAAGAGGAGGAGACCAAUCCUUUGCACUCUCACUGGGAAACGGCAGUGGUUCAGAAGCCCCGAGAUAGUCUUCGCGGAGCCGACAGACUGGUACAAGAUUUGCUGGCUGCUCGAGCGCGCCUAGAGGAAGAAAAGGAAAAGGUUGCGAUAAAGGAUGCUGAGAUUGCAAAACUACGUGAAAAGUUGGCACAACUCGUGGACGAACAUCACGACCAUCGCCAAAGGAGCAUCACGGCGGUAACAAAGGAACAGCAAGUUGGACGAAUCAGGGUGUUGCAGCCAGCUCUCGAUGAGGAAGUCAAUGAGCUGCGGAGGCUUUUGGAAUUUCACAAAAGUAACGGAGAACGAGUAUCGAGGCAAUGUCAAGAUUUGCAGGCCACCAACAAGGACCUUCAGGUCUCGCUGCAGGCCACCGAAAAGAUACUUGAGGAACAGACGGCACUGAUUUCGGGGUUGGGGUUACAGCCGAAUCGCAGGAAGCUUUGAAGGCCGCCGGCAUGAAGAUGCGAGAAAUGGUGCCAUGCGUACUUGCACAUGUGAAUAGGUAGUCAGUGAUAGGGCGGAUGCAGUUGUGACCUGUAAUUAUGAUUGCAGAUGAGACUUUGACCAAUACCAAACAUUUGUUAGCUGCAGAGUCGCUGCAAAUUAAACUGCGUUGGCCGGGCGCAUUGAAUGAUUCAACGUCACAUUGC